AUGGCGGCUAGAGGUGGUGAUUUAAGAAACGCAAUAGAGCAAGCAACUCAAACUGGCGAAGAAUUUAGCAACGUUUACUACGAAACAUUCGACAAGAGACGACAUCUCAUGUCAAAAUUGUAUUCGGAGAACACAACAAUCGUAUGGAAUGGAAAUCUAGUGAACGGUGGCUCAGCGAAAGUGACAGAAUUUUUCAACAACUUACCUGCCACGGAACACAAGCUCAGUUCGUUGGACUGCCAGCCAGUAACAGAUCAAGCAAUUCCUGGACAAACUACAGUCCUGGUUGUGGUUGAAGGAACAGUCAAGUAUGACGGACACCCAGAAAAACUCUUUUCUCAAAACUUUCUGUUGACUGCCGAGGGUGGAAAAGUAUGGAAAGUGUUAAGUGACUGCUUCAGAUUUAUAGGGUGAAGGCCAAAAGAACCAACUACAUGCUGUUAAACUUACUACAUGUCCUCGAACUUGAAGCAAAUAUUUAUUACUGGUUUUCAAACAAGCUAAUUGAAAACAUAGUGUACAUAUAACAUUGUGUCACCUAAAACUUUGGUAUCAAAAUUGUACAAUAGAUUUAUGGCCAUAUUUCUAAACAUGAUUCAGGGUAUUGAAAGGAUGUAUUUCCUACUAAUACUAAAGACAAAUCCAGGCAUAGGCUUAGCAAGAAAAAACUUGACUUGAAUUUGGCCUAUCUGGAGAAACGUUUAAUACUUAUUAAAAUAUCUCAAGAAAAACUAAUUAGAUGUUCAAUUUGUUUAGAAUGGGCAAGAGUCACCAAGAGUUCUGUAGAUUUUAUUUGAAGUUUCCCACUCUGUCUGGUUCUUGUUCAGUCUAAGAUUAAAAUUAUGAUGGCCAAGAUUUGUGGCACAUACAUGUAGACUGAAGUGAUUAUAAUUCACUGAUAAUAUUUUUAUUAAAGAUUGUAUUGUACAACCCUACAACACUGAUAUUAAAAUACCUACAGUGUACUCUA